AUGGAGAACAGUGCGAGCGAGUCCCGGAGAUCACUGACUAGGCUGCAGAGGCAAGCACCCACGGCUCUGCAUCUUGACGGUGUUUCCGAGAAUCCCUUUUUGCAGCAGUCUCGUGAUGCAGUUUCAACCGCAGCUAUUCCUCUGCUUUCACCUCUCUUUGUUUCACCAAAUCCGCACUCUUCUCUCCCUCGAGAAGGCGAUGAUUCCAAGUUCCCGGCGAACGGAACUCAACCGUCAACGGACCACAAGGAAGGGUGUCAAUAUUCCGUCAAGGCCGACCAUAGCAACCAGAUGGCUCUCUUGAAUAUGUUUCAGACCAAGUUACUGCUUGUAAAUCAUCAACGGUGA